AUGGAGUCCCCAAAGUGUGCAUCAGUGAUUUUGGACCUCAGUUUUCAUCUGCACCAUUUAAAAUCUUCACCAGGACACCAUCAGUCAAACGGCAAGGCAGAGGCAGCAGUGAAAAUAUUAAAGAAUCUGAUGAAAAAAUCCAAAGAAAGUAAAUCAGAUGCCUAUGAAGCCCUACUAGAGUUUAGAAAUACACCCAGGCAAGAUACCAACUUAAGUCCGGCUCAGAUGCUCUUUGGAAGGGCAACAAGAACGCUAUUGCCAAGAAGAGAGAAUCCUGCAAGAAUAUCACAACAAGAAGCCGCGGCCAAAUGGGAGAAGCGACAGCAAAGUGUCAGAAAACACUACAACCAAACAGCUCGUGACAUGAAGCUUAUAAACGUCGGACAGAAAGUCUUCUAUCAAUCGCCAAACGAUACUACCUGGAGACAAGGCAGAGUAUGCCGGAAAGUGAACGAACGUGCCUACAUUAUAGAAGGUGAAAAUGGUUUUAAGUACCAAAGAAACAGAAGGCACCUAAGACCUGACACCAAUAACAACAUAGACUUUUCUCCAGAUAGAGAAAGUAAUUGUACUGACAUUUUCCCAGACGCAGAGAAUGAGUGUAUUAACAAUCCUCCCAACGCCGAAAACACUCACCGGUACUAUCUGCGACGUAGGGCCACUCUCUGGAGACCGUCAAGAUAUGGAGACUAUGUUUAA